GAAACACUAGUCUAGUGUACAGAAGCCAUUAGGUAGGCUAAUAGAGUGCUAGGUUAAAUAGCAUGAUGUGCAGAAUACAAGUCAAGGAAAGUUAUGCCUAAAUUUCAUAACACACAGGUACCUAAACAUGUAUGUACGGAAAGUUGUCUGCCUGGUACUCGUAAAGCAGUUAAAAAAGGACAACACGUUUGUUGCUUUGACUGCAUUCCUUGUGCUGAAGGUGAAAUAAGCAAUCAGACUGAUUCACUUCACUGUAUGAGCUGCCCUCUCGACUACAGGUCCAGUCAAGACAAAAAUCAAUGCAUCUUGAAAGAUACUGAAUUCCUGUCCUUUGAGGAGAUCAUGGGCUCAUUACUUGUCCUGUUUUCUUUAUUAGGAACUAUAGCAACCAUCUGUGUUGCAGUCAUUUUCAUCCUUUACCGGGAUACUCCAGUUGUGAGAGCCAACAAUUCAGAACUCAGCUUUCUUCUGCUGUUCUCCUUAAUCCUUUGUUUCCUUUGCUCACUUACUUUUAUUGGUCAGCCAUCAGGCUGGUCAUGUAUGCUGCGACACACGGUUUUUGGGGUCACCUUUGCACUCUGCAUCUCUUGUAUUCUGGCAAAAACAGUUGUGGUGUUAAUGGCUUUCAGAGCCACACUACCAGGCAGUAAUGUCAUGAAGUGGUUUGGGCCCUGUCAACAGAGAAUGAGCGUUGCUUCUUUCACAUUAACCCAGGUCAUAAUUUGCAUGUUUUGGUUAUUGUUAUCACCCCCAUUUCCUCAUAAAAAUUUUACGUCAUACAAAGAAAAAAUUAUCUUAGAAUGUGAGGUAGGGUCCAUAGUAGCAUUUUGUACUGUGCUCGGUUACAUUGGAUUUCUGUCAUCAGUGUGCUUCGUCCUUGCCUUCCUUGCUCGUAAACUUCCUGAUAACUUCAACGAAGCUCAGCUUAUUACUUUCAGCAUGCUGAUAUUCUGCUCCGUCUGGAUCACUUUCAUCCCCGCUUAUAUCAGCUCACCUGGCAAAUACACAGUAGCAGUUGAAAUAUUUGCAAUACUGGCUUCUAGUUUUGGAUUACUCUUCUGUAUAUUUUUCCCUAAAUGUUAUGUCAUAUUAUUAAAGCCUGAAGAAAAUACCAGAAAGCAUCUAAUGGGAAAAAUGCCCACAAAGUCACUUUAAGAAAAAAUACAAUUUCUACAGCUGCCCAUAUGUUUGUAUAAAAGAAAAGAAAAACUGUCACUUCUAAUUUAUUUCUGUGUAUUUUUUUUCUUUUAAAAAUGACAGUUUUAUAUAGGAUGUUGUAAAGUGUGGAUCAGCUUUGCUUCUGGAAUUUGGUAAAUAC